AUGGCGCCACGAGUCGGAGCAACAGCCAGUGGUGUGGGAGACCCUGCGUUUAGGUUCCUCCUGAGCGUCCUCAAGCACUGCGAGCAAGUCAAGCCAGACUGGAACGAAGUGGCCAAGGAGAAUGGCAUCGCCUGGGCGAGGAAUGCGAGUGCCCGCUUCAAGUCGAUCAUCGAGCAAAACGGCCUCAAGUUCGAAAACGGCUCGAUCCUCAUUCCGGAGGACGCGGAAGAUGGUGGUGUCAUCGCCGCCACCAAAGCUUCUCCGACUCUACAAGAAGACAACGAACCCAACACUCCCAGGCGCGCCAAGAAGACGGCCACCCGCAAGCGCAAGGCGGACGCAGCAGGAGCAGACGACGACGACGACGACGACGAGGAGAAGGCAGCUCCAGCAGCGGGCGGCGCGAAAAAGGGUGGCGGCACCAAGAAGAAACCCCAGAAGUCGAUGGUCAAGGUCGAAGAAGACGCUGACGCCGACGGGGACCAGCAGUCCGCGCCGGCAGUGAAGGAUGGCCCAAAGACCAAAACGGAGAAAAUCCAUGGCGGUAGUGACAAUGUCGAAGACGAAACCCGCGCCGCGAAGAGGGUCAAGACCGAGGACGCGCAGUUUUGA